AAUAGCAAAAUCUUGAACAUCCACUAGCCAAAAAGCCCUUAAAAACAUGUCCUCUUCAUCAGCAGAAUCGAAAAUGGCCCUGGCCAAGACGGUUUUAUCGACAUUUGGUUCUGUUGUUGCGACAGCUAUGUUGGUUCGUACUAUAGUCCACGACUACAUCCCACCGGAACUCCAUGGGUAUCUCUUCUUUGGACUCAGAAAUAUCUUCACUAAGUUCUCGAAUCAGCUGACGGUGGUGAUUGACGAAUUUGAUGGCCUUGUCAACAAUGAAAUUUAUGAAGCUGCUGCGAUCUAUUUGGGCAACAAGUUGUCCCCUAGUAUCCAUCGACUCAAAGUCAGUAAGCCUGAGAAGGAGAAAAGUUUCAACAUCGCGACGGAACGUAAUGAGGAGGUGACAGAUACUUAUAAUGGACAAACAUUCAAGUGGAUUUGGCUCUGCGGACAAACAGAAUCUGAAAUCAGGUCAUUUGAAUUGACAUUUCACAAGAAAAACAAGGACCUUGUGCUUAAUUCUUACUUGCCAUACAUCAUGAAAGAAGCAAAAUUGCAAAAACACGAAAACAAGACGAUCAAGAUUCACACUGUGGAUUACCAAGGCAUGUGCCAUUUACGUGACAUGUGGAAGCCAGUGAAUCUUGAUCAUCCCGCCACUUUUAAGACAAUCGCGAUGGAAUUGGACCAGAAAGACAUGAUCUUGAAGGAUUUGGAGAGAUUUGUGAAGAGAAAAGAUUAUUAUAGGAAAGUGGGAAAGGCAUGGAAAAGAGGGUAUUUGUUGUUUGGUCCUCCAGGGACGGGGAAAUCUAGUUUAAUUGCUGCGAUGGCUAAUUAUUUGAACUUUGAUAUAUAUGAUUUGGAGUUGACUGCACUGAGGGGAAAUUCGGAGUUAAGGAAGUUGCUUGUUGCCACAGCUAAUAAGUCUAUUUUGGUGGUGGAGGACAUUGAUUGUACCAUUGAUUUGCAAGAUAAUUUGGCUAAUCGAGCUGUUGUUGUUCGUUCAAAUGGUUUUCAUCAGCCAGAAAGCAAGGUGACCUUAUCUGGUUUACUGAAUUUCAUCGAUGGACUAUGGUCGAGCUGUGGAGACGAAAGAAUCAUAAUUUUCACAACAAAUCACAUAGAGAAACUCGACCCUGCACUAUUACGGCCUGGUAGAAUGGACGUGCACAUUCAUAUGGCAUAUUGCACACCUUGUGGCUUUAAACUUCUUGCUACUACUUACUUGGGAAUUAAAGAUCAUAAAUUGUUCAAAGAAAUUGAAGAGCUAAUUGACAUAGCCAAUGUGACACCAGCAGAAGUGGCAGAGCAACUAUUGAAGGAAGAUGAAGUGGAGGAUGCACUUAAGGGGUUGAUUAAUUUUCUUCACAAGAGGAUAAAAGAGAAGGAAGAGGAAAAGGCUAAGAAAGUAGAAAUAACUCAAGUGGAGUCUGUUGACGAGAAGAAGGAAAAUGAUGGCAAUGGGAUUAAAGGAAAUGAGGAAGAAAAGGGAUUGCCAAAUGGGGAAGUAAAAACUACAUAGAAGGAAAAAAAGCCUUCCAUAGAAUAUGACACCAUAUUUCCUUAUUAAUCAUGAAGGAGUCUAUCUAAUCGAUGGUACAAUAUUAUAUAAAAAUUGCAGUGAAAAUACGUAUUACUUGAUUAUAAUUAUAAUGUAAUUUAUAACAAUAUAUAAUUAAUAGAUAUCGCGAAUUCAUUAAUUUGAUGUAAACAUCAAGAAUGUUUUCUCUCCUUAGGGACCAAGUAUUGACUAUCAUUUUACCAGACAGUGUAUUGACUAUCAUUUUCUUCUUUUGUCAGUGUAUGUAAACAAAGUCUU